CUGACGUUUUCAUAAAAUGUUCCAUAUAUAAUUUGUGUGUAUAAACUUUAAAGAUGAAUAAAUGUUGCAAACAUGGAACCAACAAUAAACUAAAAAGAGGUAAAGUGGACUUUGUGUGCAAUUUACCGAAAGAAUUUAAAUACCCAGCAGAGCCGCACGGCUACAGUAUCCAGGAUCCGAAUAAACAUCCUCAUCCUUUUUAUGUUACAACUUCCACAGAUUAUGGCAGACUACCUCCACGGAUGCACGAUCUGGUACCGGCAUAUUAUCCGCGUGAUCAGGCCUUUACAAAUUUAAUGAGCCUCUCCAAUCCCUAUAGAAAUUACUCAUUGAACCACUAAAAAUUCCUCACACAAAAG